GGCGUGUUUCUCAGCAGGAGUUUGGGCCAGUCCGGGACUUAAGUUCAUCACGUACUGUUCUUUAUUGCGCGUGCGUAUAAAAAAAAAAUUAAUUUAUAUUAAUAAUUAUUACAAUAUACAAAAAAAAAACAUUAUUUAUAAAAUUUUUUCUUGUUUUAUUAAAAACACAAAAUGGCUACUUCCUGAAGACUGUUAAUUGUUAUUGCUCAUUAGUAUUUUUUAAAAAUUGUUACUUGUUUUUGUUAAUUAAUUGUGAAGUGUGAAAUAUGUUUUUUUUUAAUUUUUUUUGAAAAAAAAAAUAGUGUUUUGUGAAAAUUUCAAAUAUUAUUUUGCACCCACUCAACUCAUCCUUGGAUCGAAAAUUUUAUAAUUUAUUGGUGACCUUCAAAAAUCCACAGGUAUUCGUGGGAAAUAAAAAAAAAUUUGGAAAAAUAAUAAAUAAAGAGAAGAAGCUUCUUCGAUGAGGUCGAAAGAAAGAUCAAAUUUUAACGAGCCAAACGUAAAAGAACGUCAAUUUGAAGAUAAAAAAUAAAAAAAAAAAAUUAAAUUGGCCGGCAUUGAACAGUCAAGUUGCUGUGGUUUGAGUUUAACGGUAUAUAACUGAAACAUUGGUAUACUUUUUGAUACCACAGUUAUUAAACUUGUCCAUAAAAUCGAUUGAAUACCUCUUUUUUUAUUUUAUUUAUUUAUUUAUUUAUUGAAUUUUUCAUUUCAAAUAUUUUUUAAAAUGAUACAAAGAUAUGUAAUCUGGUUUUUAGUCAUAAUAAAAUUGACAUUUAUUUUUGACAAUGUACAUGGACACGUUGCACUAACAUUUCCACAAGCCAGAAAAUACGAUAUUGAUUUUCUUGAUAAUGCCAGAACACCUGGACCAUGUGGAAUGCCAAAAGGUGACAUAAAGACGAGUCUACUUGCUGGAAGUAAAUUCAAUAUCACUUGGCAUUUGGCAUAUCCUCAUCAGGGAGGUUUUCGAUUGCAAAUUCUUGAUGCAUUGGACAGGCCUUUGGUUGACUUGACACCAGUGACACAACAAAGUGAAUUUGUUUCUGACGACGCAACGGCACAGUAUUAUCCAGUUGAGUUGCCGCAAAAUUUCACCUGUAUUGAUUGUACAGUAAGACUGCUUCGUGAAGCUGCAGAAUGGGGAUCAAGCUACAGAUUUUGGUCAUGUUCAGAUGUCGAUAUUGUUGAGAAGAAAUUAUACAGAGAAACUUGUAGUGGUCAUGGAAGAUAUUUACUUGGUCGAUGUAAAUGUGAUGCAUUGUAUCAUGGUUCAAGAUGUGAAUAUCAUGAAGAAUGCAUGUCUAAUUCUGAUUGUGGUGAUCAGGGUAAAUGCAUUGACAAUGGUGGUACUACAUCACCAACAAAACAUUGUUAUUGCAACAAUGGAUGGUUUGGUCGUCGUUGUAACAAACUAUCACCAAUUAAAUCAACAACAGUUGAUUUUGAUAGUUACAGUGUAAAACAUUUUUCAAAUGAUUUUACAUUUUAUUGGCGUAUACUUGAGGAUAUUAAAGAGUUAGAAGGUGUUAUGGUUGUUAAUGGUACAUCAUGGGUUGGUAUUGGCUGGCGUUCGAGUAAUUUAUCAAGUGAAUGUCGUUCAUUUCCUGAUAUAACUGAUAAAAAAAUUAAAAUUGAAAUGUUACCACAACCAGAGCCAAAAUCUGAACCUGAAAUAAAUGCUCAUGUGUCUAGUAAUGGAGAACCUACACCAGAGAUAUCAGCUGAUAGACAAAAGUCAGAAGUUGGAUCACCAGAACCAGAACCAAGUAAACCAGAGCCAGAAACAAGUGUACCAGAACCAGAAAAUGGCAAACCAGAACCAUCAAAAUCAGCAGCCAAAAGACGAUCAGCAAAACCACAUACAGAUGUUGAUGUUCCAACUGUUAUUGACACUGAUACUAAAGUACAUACUAGUGUUACUUAUCAAAUAACUGCAAAACAAGGACGUAAAAAAAGAUCUCCAGAACCCGCAUCAUCUGAGCCAACUGGUGAGCCCACGAGUGAGCCGGAACAACCAAUAUCAAAACCAAAAUCCUUUAAGCCUAAGGCUACAAGGCCAAAGUUUCCAAGGCCUUCUAACCCUGCACCCUCAACUCCUGAACCUUUGAGCCCUGAACCUGAACCAAAAGGUGAACCUGUUUCUCCUGAACUUGAACCAAAAAGUGAACCUAUUUCUCCUGAACCUGAACCAAAAGGUGAACCUAUUUCUCCUGAACCUGAACUAAAAGGUGAACCUAUUUCUCCUGAACCUGAACCAAAAGGUGAACCUACUGCUCCAGAACCUGAACCAAAAGGUGAACCUAUUUCUCCUGAACCUGAACCAAAAGGUGAACCUAUUUCUCCCGAACCUGAACCAAAAGGUGAACCUAUUUCUCCCGAACCUGAACCAAAAGGUGAACCUAUUUCUCCUGAACCUGAACCAAAAGGUGAACCUACUGCUCCAGAACCUGAACCAAAAGGAGAACCUAUUGCUCCUGAACCUAAAACAAAAAGUAGACUUACUGCUUCUAAACCUAUAGCUCCUGAACCUGAACCAAAAGGUGAGCCUACUUUUCCUGAACCUGAACCAAAAAGUGAGCCUUCUGCUCCUGAGCCUGAAGCAAAAUCUGAGCCUUCUGCUCCCGAACCAGAAGCAAAAUCUGAGCCUUCUGCUCCUGAACCAGAAGUAAAAUCUGAGCCUUCUGCUCCUGAACCAGAAUCAAAAUCUGAACCUAUUUCACCUGAACCUGAAUCAAAAUCUGAACCUAUUUCUCCUGAACCCGAGGCAAAUCCUGAGCCUGAAGGAAUAUCAGAAUUCGGAAAAGCGGUUACUACGAAAGCUGGAUCAUCGCACAAUAAAUACACUCCCAAACAUGAUUUCCAUUCAAUGGAUUGUACAGACAUGAUAAUUGGUUCAGCAAGAGGUAAUACUCAUAGAAUUGGUGAUUAUUAUACUCGUGAUCGUUCAACACCACGUUUCGAUGAUUUUUGGGGUGGUAAAGAAAGUUUAACUGGUGCAAUGGGAUAUGAAAAAGAUGGUGUUACAACAAUAUUAUUCAGACGUAAAUUAUCAACAAAUGAUUUAACUGAUCAUGAUAUAGUCAAUGAUAAUAUGCAUGUUAUUUGGGCGAAAGGCCAAGAACCAGGUAAAUAUCAACAUCGUCCAUCAAGUGGAAUUGAAAAAGGUAAUGCAAAUAUUAAAGAUUUCUACAAACAAGAUGAGCUUAAAUAUCAUGGACAUAAUUCACAAAGAGGUGUUGAAUCAAUAAACUUUUUUGAUGAAAAAAAUAAAGAAAAAUUUGGUGGUGAUAAAGAAGAAGAAGCAAUUAAAAAAAAAUGUAGUGGUGAAUGGAGAUAUCCAAGACACUGUUCAAUUGAAAAUGCCACCUGUGAUUAUUACAUUGAAUGGACCUACAAAACACGAAAGGAUGAAGUGACCUUCAUAAUUGUUACAAAGGAAUCAAAUACUUGGACAGGUGUUGGUUUUUCAAAUGACAGAAAAAUGUCACAAACAGAUGCUAUUAUUGGAUGGAUUGAUAAAUCAUCUGGUAUGCCAUUUUUAAUGGACACAUGGAUAAGUGGUUAUACAUCUCCAGUACUUGAUGGAUCACAAGAUACAGUUAAUCACAGUGGUAAAAGUGAAAAUGGAAUUUCAACAAUUAAAUUUACACGUAAAAGAAUAAGUCGUGAUACUAAAGAUUUAUCAUUUACUGAUGAUCAUUGUUUAUACAUGAUGUUCCCAGUAAAAGGUGGUGAAUAUAAUCAAGUUAAUAAAAAAAUUAAAAAACAUGCAAGUAUAUUUGUAUCAUCAAAAAAAGUAUGCAUCAGAUCAUGUGGAAUUGAUGAUGAUGAAGAAGAUAAUGAAAUUGAAAGAAAAUUAUCAAAUCAACUUUAUUAUGAUAUUGAAGUUAAAUUAUUAAAUUUACCAAAUGGUUUUAAAGAACCACAACCAGGUACACAAGAUUUUGAUGAUAUAUCAAAAAAACUUUCAUACACAUUUGGUCCAGCAUUGAAUAAUCUUCCUGGUUAUUCGAUGAUUAAAUUGAGUGACCUACAAAGAAAUGGUGAAAACAGUGUCAUUGCAAAAAUGAGUUUAAUCUUGGAUAAAAAUGAGGCAAAAUUACGAGCAUUAAGACCAAACGAUACAGUUGCUAGUGCUGAAAUUGCAUUGAAACAAGCAAUUUUAAAUGGAAGAGUUGGUUCACUCACUGUAGAUCCACAAUAUCUUGUUGUACGAGCACCUCUUUUAAACGAGUUGUCUGAUGACUUUGAGAAUGGAAUAGGAGGAUCAAAGAACCUUUUGCUUGGUGAAACGAAGCUGUAUAUUGUCGCUGGAUGUGUCGCUGCUUUAGUUGCUAUAGCUUUGUUACAGGCAACUUGUACAGUGUACAAAGCCACAAGAAAACGCACGACAAAGCCGGAGCGUUUGAUUGGAAAUAAUGCAUGGCGUGAUUAUACAACUGGUGCAAAUACAAAUUUUGCAUUUGAAGGAUUUGAAACUGAAGAAAAAGCACCACCACCACCAGUAUCAAGUUUACCAAGAUCAAAAGAUUUAACAGAUGGUGUUAUAACUAGAUCAAAUAUGACAAAUACAAUUGAAAAAAGUAAUCAUAAUAACAGAAGUAAUGGUAAUAGUAAUAAUAAUCAUUAUCAUCAUCAACAACAUCCACAACAACAACAACAAAUGUCUGUUGCAAGAGCGACAUAUAGUUUACCACGUGCACCAGGACCAAGACAUCAAUCACCAUCAUCACAACAAGCUGGUUAUUAUACACAAGAUCGUAGAAAUCAAAGACCAAAAAGUCAUCAUGUUAAUGGUACAAUGAAUUCACAACAAUCAUCACAACAACCUGAUUUUUAUUUUAUGCCAAGUCAGAGAAAAUAUAGUGGUGAAGUUGUACGUGUUUAUGUUGAUUAUGGUAAUCAAAAAUCUAAAUAAUAAAUUUCAUUUAAAAUAAUGACAGAUAAAAUAUAAUAAUAAUAAAAAUUCAAAUGAAAUUUAAGAAAAAAAAAAAACGAUAAAAUUAUGGUCUUGAAAGAAAAAAUAAAAGUUAAUGAUAAUUUCUAAUGAAAAAGAAGAAAAAGAAAAAAAAAAAAAACAAUAUGUGUCAAUUUAAAAAUGAUAAUCUAUGUAAAUAAUUUUCUAUCCAUUGUUUUUCUUUUUUUGUAUUUUUAUUUCCUUUGUUUUAUUGUUAAUUUUAUUUUAUAAUUUUUAUUUUUUUUUUCGCGAUAUAUAAAAGUUGUUAUUUGAUGGGUUUGUUUGGCGGAGAAAGUUUUUGGUGCUAAAGGGCGAUGGAUUUAACUUUCUUAACUUAAAAAUUUAUAGCUUGACUUGAAGUAACUUGGCA